AUGGCGGCCGACGUGGGCCACAUUGCACAGCUGCUCCAGGCAACGCUCGAUCCUGCCCAGCACCGUGAAGCCGAAGCUGCCCUCAAGCAGGAGGCGACCAAGCCUCAGUACUCUCUGACUCUGCUCACCAUCGUCAGCUCCGAUUCAUUCCCCGUCAACGCUCGGCUAAGCGCUGCCUUGGCUUUUAAGAACUUCAUCCGACUCAACUAUGUGGACGCGAAUGGAAACUACAAGAUCCCGCAAGACGAGGUCCAGACGAUCAAAGAGCGCCUCAUCGGACUGAUGAUUGCCUCUCCCGCCAAUAUUCAGAGCCAGCUGGGUGAAGCUGUCAGCAUCAUUGCCGAUUCAGACUUCUGGGAGCGAUGGGAUACCCUAACUCAGGAUCUCGUCAGCCGAUUCUCUGCUACUGACCCCAAGGUGAACAUCGGCGUGCUGGAGGUGGCUCAUUCCAUCUUCGUUCGGUGGAGGCCACUUAUGGGAACGUCUGGCUUAUACACAGAAAUUAACCAUGUCAUCAACACAUUUGGUACUCCAUUCUUCCAGCUGCUGGCGACCACCGAUAGCAAAAUCACCGAGCUCAGCCAAGAUAAAGCAGCUCUCCGAGGCUGGUUCGAGACACUUAGCUUACAGUUGAAGAUCAUGUUUGACAUGUCUUGCCACGAUCUGCCUCCCAUUUUCGAAGACAACCUCUCCAGCAUCUCCGAACUGCUUCACAAGUAUCUAAACUACUCCAACUCUGUCUUGGAUACCGACGAUGAUGACGAAGUCAGCGUGGUCGACACCGUCAAGGCCGACAUUUGCGACUUUCUCGAACUUUAUACCUUCAAGUACGAUGCCGACUUUUCCCAAUACUGCAAGCCGUUCAUCACAAGUACUUGGAGUCUGGUUUCAUCCAUUGGCUCCCAGACCAAAUAUGACACUCUUGUCAGCAAGUCACUGCACUUCUUAGCGGCAGUCGCAGCAACCCGGGAACACUCUGAGCUAUUCAACAGUGAGGAGGUUCUCACCGAGAUCGUCGAAAAAGUCAUAUUGCCCAAUGUUGCCCUGCGGGAGUCCGACAUUGAAAUGUUUGAGGAUGAGCCAAUUGAGUAUAUUCGCCGAGACCUGGAGGGAUCUGAUUCUGGCUCUCGACGAAGAUCGGCCACCGACUUCCUCCGCAGUCUGCAGGAAAAAUUCGAAAGCCUUGUCACCGCUUGUGUUUCUCGAUACAUCACGCACUACCUCGAACAGGGAAAAUCAGAUUGGAAAGCCAAAGAUACUGCCGUCUAUCUAUUCCUCUCGAUUGCCGCCAAGGGUGCCGUCACUCAGGCACAAGGUGUCAAAACCGUCAAUCCACUUGUCAACGUGGUCGAUUUCUUUGAACGGCACAUUGCUUCCGAUCUGGUGAAUGGGGAUGGCAUUGAGCCCAUUGCCAAGGUGGAUGCUAUCAAGUUCCUCUACACGUUCCGCAGCCAGCUGUCCAAGGAUCAGUGGAAGGUGGCCAUUGGCCCAUUGAUUCAGAACCUCAACUCAACGAAUUACGUUGUUUAUACCUACGCAGCUAUUGCAGUGGAGCGUGUAUUGUAUCUGACGGAUGAUGCGGGCAACGCCAUGUUCCCUCGUGCAGACAUAGAACCUUUUGCGAAGGAUCUGCUCACUCAUCUCUUCAAACUAAUUGAAAGAGAGACUAGCGCACCGAAAUUGCAAGAGAACGAGUUCUUGAUGCGAUGCGUCAUGAGAAUUCUCAUUGUCAUCAAGGAUGGAGCGGGUCCUUGGCUCGAUACCAUUUUGACACAUCUCAUCCUCAUCACCAACGUUAUGAAGUCUAACCCUAGCAACCCUCGCUUUUACUAUUACCAUUUCGAGGCCCUGGGCGCCUUGGUUCGAUACUGCGCUGCGACACAUGCAGCUGCAAUUAACCAGAAGCUAUGGGACCCCGCACAUCAGAUAUUAGUUGAAGAUGUUACCGAGUUCAUCCCAUACAUCUUCCAAAUCUUGGCACAGCUUCUGGAGUCUAGUCCAGCCGACUCGGUCUCCGAUAACUACCGGGCGCUUCUUGGCCCCCUGCUGCAGCCCACUCUGUGGGAAACCAGAGGCAACAUUCCUGCUUGCACACGACUGUUAUCCGCUCUCAUUCCCAGGGUAGCCAAGACUAUUGUUGCAGAGAAUCAUCUUGAGGCUGUGCUUGGAAUUUUCCAAAGACUACUCAAUGGAAAGAAAUCAGAGCUGAAUGCAUUCGAUGUUCUCGAGGCGGUUAUCAACUCGUUUGAGCCAUCCGCUCUCGACCCGUACUUUGACACCAUUCUUACGCUCAUCUUCACAAAGCUGCAAGGAUCUCCCGCCGAUUCCUUCAAAAUCCGCUUUGUUCGCUUCUUCCACCUCGUUGGAGGAAGACUAGAAGCUGGCUACGGAACGGAUUACUUUGUCAAGCAUUCUGAUAAAGUAGACGAGAAGGUCUUUGCUCAAGUUUAUCCUCCAUUCAUUCUUCAGGAGACAGACAAGUUGGCAAGACCCGUUGACCGCAAGGCUGCCGUGGUGUCUCUUACUAAAACACUGUGUGAUUCUCAAGUGUUCGCUCAGAAGUUUGCCAAGGGCUGGGGAAAUACUUGCAGAAUUCUUCUCACUCUGCUGGCAAAUCCCCCGAGUGCUGCUGCCGGAGUCGGUGAUGAGAUUAUCACGGAAAACUCUCCUGAUGAUAUCGGAUUUGGCUUGACGUUCACGGCCCUCAACACAUGCAAGCCUGCUGCGCGGGAUGAUUUCCCAGAGGUGCAAAAUGUGACUACUUGGGUCAAGGAGUACAUGGUCGGGGCUAACCAGAGGCACGGUGGUGCUGUUGAGGGUUUCAUCUCACAGCGUCUGACACCUGAGCUUCAAGAGGCCAUUGCCCAGUACAUCCGAUAA